AUGGCCUCCAAAUGGUCGUACAAGCGCUCCAACUGCAAGCCCAUCCCCGCCUCCUUGCUCCUGUGCCGGGGGAUCGAGUACCCCAACAUGAGGCUCCCCAACUUGCUGGGCCACGAGACGAUGCAGGAGGUGCUGGAGCAGGCGGGCGCCUGGAUCCCGCUGGUGCAGAAGCAGUGCCACCCGGACACGCGCAAGUUCCUCUGCUCCCUCUUCGCGCCCGUCUGCAUCGACGACCUGGACGAGACCAUCCAGCCGUGCCACUCGCUCUGCGAGCAGGUGAAGGACAGCUGCGCCCCGGUCAUGUCCGCCUUCGGCUUCCCCUGGCCCGACAUGCUGGACUGUAGCCGCUUCCCCCAGGACAAUGACCUCUGCAUCCCGCCGGCCAGCAGCGACCACAUCCUCCCGACCCCCCGAGAAGCACCCAAAGUCUGCGACGCCUGCAAAAGCAAGAAUGAGGAUGAUAAUGAAAUUGUGGAGAACCUUUGCAAAAAUGACUUUGCCUUGAAGAUAAAAGUGAAGGAGAUUGCCUACAUCAAUGGGGACACCAAGAUCACUCCAGAAACAAAGAGCAAAACUAUCUACAAGCUCAAUGGGGUGACCGAAAGGGAUCUGAAGAAGACCGUGCUUUGGCUCAAAGGUGGCCUGCAGUGUACCUGUGAUGAGAUGAAUGAUAUCAAUGCACCCUAUUUAGUGAUGGGACAGAAGCUGGCUGGGGAGCUGGUGAUCACCUCCGUCAAGCGAUGGCAGAAGGGCCAGCGGGCGUUCAAGAGGUUCUCACGCAGCAUCCGCAAGCUGCAGUGCUAGUUCCUUGCCACUUUCCAGCAGGCCUAGUUGAAGGCCUCAAGCUCUGCCAAACCUCUUGCACCUUCCUGCUUUAGCCUUAAAAGCGCAGUCGGCAUGGGAGAGGCAGGGCCGUUUGUUUCUUCUACAAAAAGAGCAGGGUGGAGAAGGAGACGAGGGAGACGUUUGCAAUUCUUGUACAUACAGUAAAGUUAUAAUUACACAAAUCAUGAGUAUGUUUUGUGACCAUAUCGAAGUACCUUGCUUAGAGCUAGUUAUUUGCAUUGGAACAAAGUGUGACUUUGGUCUUUUUGAAAGAAAUAAUAGUUCAUUUUGGUUUUCCUUGCUGAACUAUCAUUCACUAAGUCUUAUAGUACUAACAUUUCUUUAUUGCCUUGUGCAUCCGUUGGUGGAGCUUCUGGCCCACUUUGUCAGGUUUGCUUUUGAUGUGAAAAGAAAGCCACCAUGAUACGGGGGGUGCUAUGCCAUGUUUGGGACUUUGAACCUAUGUUCUGAAAAUUGUGAAUCCCAAAUAUGAAUCCCAAGGUGAAUUCCAAACACCUUGGGGUGUUAUUCAAAAGAAAUAAUUUCUAUUUAUAAAUAUUAUUCGUACAGUCUGUUAGAAAUCUAAAGAUGGCCACCUGAACUCCCUGAUUGUAAUCAAGUACAGGAGGACCCCCUUAUCCAAGAGAUCAGUAUCCACUGAUUCACUUAUCCAUGGUUUGAAAAUAUUAAAAAUAUUAAA